UUCACAUUUAAGGUUACCACCGAGCAAACACACUUUAUGAUGGGAGCAUACGUUGCCAAGUUGAUGCACAUGAUGGACUCUUUCGCGACCAAGAAGCGGCGCAUCCUCCUCCUUGGCCUCGAUGCAGCCGGAAAGACCACCAUCUUGUACAAGCUCAAACUGCACGAAACCAUUCACACUCUACCGACCAUUGGGUUCAAUGUCGAGAUAUUUCAAUACAACAACGUCCAGUUCACGGCGUGGGACAUUGGCGGACAAGAAAAGCUGCGCGGGCUGUGGCAUCACUACUACAAGAACACCGAUGCUGUGAUCUUCGUCGUAGACUCGAACGAUACCCUUCGACUUCAACAAGCGUCCGACGAACUCCAUCACAUGUUUCAAGAGAUUGAGCUCCAAAAUGCCAAGUUGCUUGUCUACGCCAACAAGCAAGACCUUCCUGGCGCCAUGACCACCUCCGACAUCGCAGACAAGAUGCAAGUGGAAAGUGUCACCUCGCAUGGUUAUUACAUCCAGCCCUGCAUAGCCCUCACCGGCAAGGGACUAUAUGAAGGCCUUGAGUGGUUAAGCAAAGAGCUGGUGUAGGCCUUAUAUUAAUACUAACGGUGUCAGCAAUCAUUAUUAGUUACGUUUUUUACCUAUUGUGCUUUUCAUAUAGUUUGCC